ACAAAUGAAAAAAGUCAAUGCUCGGGUAAUCUUAAGCAGUUGUUUUUUUAAAAGUGUCUGUUUAAAUCUGAAAAUCGCAUUGGAAUGAGAAUUACAUUUUUAGUAUGACUUUAGCCUUCACUGUCUAGCUGAUAGAUAAUACUGACAGAGAUAUAUGGCUAGCCUAAAUAAGGAUUGGUAAAAUAAAAACGUGAUUAGAUAACGUGCUGGGACAGGAUGCGUGAGGACAGCGAUCAGAUCAGAUCAUCAGUCACGGUUUAAGCCGUCAGUCAAGAGAAAACCGUCAAUACAGGUUAAGACAGAGAAGGAAGCAUCUCCCACUGUAACUUGACAUGAAAUUAGUGAUGGGGUCAGGGGUUUCAACACCCAAACCCCCCGCCACUCCAACAACCCAGUGUGCCAAAUGUGCGACAGCCCCAAUGUCUGUAAAUGAAGAGCGCACUUUCAUUGCCAUCAAGCCUGAUGGAGUGCAAAGGGGACUUGUUGGAGAAAUCAUCAAGCGUUUCGAACAGAAAGGCUUCAAGUUAGUUGCAAUGAAGUUAAUCCAGGCUGAUGAGGAUCUUCUGAGACAGCACUACAGUGACCUGAAGGAUCGGCCUUUCUUCCCUGGGCUUGUCAGUUAUAUGUCCUCUGGCCCUGUUGUUGCCAUGGUGUGGGAGGGUUUUAACGUUAUAAAAACCGGCAGAGUAAUGCUCGGCGAGACUAAUCCCGUCGACUCCAAGCCUGGGACUAUCCGAGGCGACUUUUGCAUUCAAGUUGUCCGGAACAUCAUUCACGGCAGUGAUUCUGUCGAAAGUGCCAACACCGAAAUCAACCUGUGGUUCAAACCAGAGGAGAUCUGUGACUACACCAAAUGUCAGGACCGCUGGCUCAAUGGCUGAACACUUUCUUCUGAUCACUUUUUCUGCACUUGUCACCUCUCUAGUGUUUCUGAUUUCAUUUUCAGUUUUCCCCCACUGUUUCUGGUGUUUGUCUUUACAAUAAAACCAAAAAUGAUUUUAA